GGUGUGUCCACCAUACCUUGUAUGGAGUAUAUAAAGCUUGCCAUGCAAGAGCUUGGCACCAUCCAAACUUCAGACUCAGAGAAAGCAAGAAGAGACUGAACGGCUGACAGACUCCAACUCAUACAUUUUGGAAGCAGAAGAUCCUGAAGCAUCAGCAGUGAAACUGUCUAGUAGAGAUGACUACAUCCAUGGAUAAACAGCAGAGCUCAUCGCUCAGAGAGACCUACAACCAGCAGGGUUUCCUCUCACCACUGCCUGUACUAAAUGAGACGGAGCUGAGGGAAGCCAGGCGUGCCUUUUCUGAGCUGGAGAACGAAUUUGGUGAAGAGUACACCCAGUACAGCCUCCACAAUGUUCACCUUCAGUAUCCGUGGGUGAUGGGCCUGAUCAAACACCCCCACGUCCUGCAAGCGGUCAAAGCCGUCCUGGGUCCUGAUGUCAUCCUGCUGGACUCCCGCUUCAUCUGCAAAUACCCAGCACUCAAACCAGCCAACAUCCAGGAGAGUGAAGAAGGAGAAACCAAACCUGAUGGGAAUACUGGAGAGAAUGGACUUCCAUACGUGGCCUGGCAUCAGGACAUGAGGUAUUGGGGUAUUGCUGGUGGCCCUGUUCUCUCUGUGUGGCUGGCUUUAGAUGACUCACUGAAAGAGAAUGGAGCCCUUCAGGUCAUCCCAGGCAGCCACUGCUCUGGCAUGUUGCCCCAUCGUCAGGCCAUCCGCCCUGGAAACAUGCUGUCAGUCAACCAGGAGAUCCCAGAGGAGCUGGUGCAGGUUGAUGAAGCUGUGUUUUGUCCUCUGUUGGCCGGGCAGAUGUCUAUCCAUGAUGGACUCCUUGUGCAUGCCAGUGAUGCCAACACAUCCCAGAGAAGGCGCUGUGGGUUUGUGAUCCGUUAUGUUCCCACCUGUGCUUACCCCAUAGAGGAUCCUGAUCGUCCCAGGAAAUUUCAUGCCACAGCGUUGGUUUGUGGAACAGAUCAGUUCAAUCAUUUCUCCAACAAAAGCACAUGAAUACUUCCUGGAUUUGUUCUAUUUGCACCAACAAUUACUUCCACGUUUCACUAUAAUGCAUCUCUAAAAAUUUCUACUCUAUGUUUCCAGAAGUCAGUAUAUCAAAAUAACUGUAGCUACAGAUUUGUAUAGUACAUAUCAAAUCAUCUAUUUAUUUUUUCUUUCUUGAUGAGAUUCAGUUUUAAAACUGUCAACAUCAUGUCUUGAUGUGUACUGUGUAUGUGUGAACAUGAUGUGUAUUAAAAGUGUCACAGUGUGAAAAAAAAAAA